UCUGUAUCUCAUGACGUCACUUCCUCUCCUCCUUCUUUUCUCCGAGCUUCUGUCGGCUGUGUGGCCCGCGUGUUUACACUCUCCCAGAUGAAGGAGUCGAUAAUGAACCAGGAGAAGCUCGCCAAACUGCAGGCGCAGGUCCGCAUAGGCGGCAAGGGGUCAGCCCGCAGAAAGAAGAAGGUUGUGCACAGAACAGCAACAGCAGAUGACAAGAAGCUGCAGUUUUCCCUGAAGAAGCUGGGAGUCAACAACAUCUCUGGUAUCGAAGAGGUGAAUAUGUUCACAAACCAGGGGACAGUGAUCCACUUCAACAACCCAAAGGUUCAAGCCUCCUUGGCUGCCAACACUUUUACAAUCACAGGACACGCUGAGAACAAACAGCUCACAGAGAUGCUCCCAGGAAUCCUAAACCAGCUUGGAGCCGAUAGUCUUACCAGCCUUAGGAGAUUAGCAGAGACUCUGCCCAAACCAGCCGGUGAGAACAAAGCCCCAAUGGUUGCUGCUGAAGAGGAGGAUGAUGAAGUUCCAGAUCUUGUCGAAAACUUUGAUGAGGCUUCAAAGAACGAGGCAAACUAAAAAAAAAAAAACACCACAGUUUGGCACAGCAUUAUUUUGUUCAUCUGUUAUUGCUCUGUGGCUACAAAGAAAAAAAUGCCUUUUAAUUAUAACUGUAACAAGUGGACAAAAAAAGUAAAAUCAACUUUUUUAUGGAAACCGUUACGUACACUUCCAUCUUGCUAUGCAGUGCACGUAAAAUUAUUUAAUGCAGUUGAAUGUGAAAGUCCUUCUCUUUCUGACGCUGCCUCUCCUGUAUUGUGAUGCCACACAUCAAAAAUGUAUCAGUGGAAUUAAUCAUGUAAUAAAGAUUCCAAUUACAUUUCUCA